CGAUACGGCAGUGGUGGCGAAUCAGCGGUGGUCGCAGGUCUGGUCUGCGCAUUUGGGUCGAGCAAGCGAGCUGACGUGAUGUGAAAAGCCAGACGUCCAGAUUACCGCAGGCUAAGGGUCCGUAGAUAGAAUAGCAAGCACAGUCACCGAUAAUCAUGGAAGAGGUGUUUCAAAACGGCAACUAUCAGAGGGAGACUAACGCCAACAAUAUGACCGCCGUGGAGACGCGAAAAGAGGACUGCUUGCUUGAUCACAUGGAGAUCUCAAUAGUGGAGGCUGAAAAGAGAGCCAACAGAGCUCUUAAUUUAAGAGAAUUCUACACAGUAUACCUCAUCGAAACUAAAGUCACUGACCCUGAUUUCAAAAAUGCACUGACUAGGAUAAGUUCGUUAUGGCGACGAUAUACGGAAUUCGAGCUGCUUCGCGCUUAUCUAGAGAUUUCUUAUCCUUACGUCGUUCUACCACCAUUGCCGGAAAAGAAAGUCCUUUAUGCGUGGCAAAAGGUGACGACCGACACGUUUGAUCCCGAUUUUGUGGAUCGUAGAAGAGCUGGUCUCGAGAACUUUCUUAUAAGAGUUGCGUCGCAUCCUAUACUUUCGCGCGAUGAACAUUUCAUGGGAUUUUUGCAACAGAAAGACGGCUGGAGAGAAAGCGUCAAAGAAACAGGGUAUCUGCAGAUCGCAGAAUCGAAACUCAAGGCGCUCAGCGUAGCGGUACGACUGAGAAAACCGGACAAACGUUUCGAGACGAUAAAAAAUUAUGGGAUCGAACUGCAGAAUAAUUUGUGCAAUUUGCUGCGUGUGCGCGCGCGUCUUGUCGAAAAACAGCACAACCUGUACAAGUUGCACGCGAAUUACGGACGUGUCUUCAGCGAAUGGAGUGCCAUAGAGAGAGAAAUGGGCGAUGGACUGCAGAAAUCGGGACACUACUUGGACUCAUUAGCGGCAACGAUAGAUACCACUCUCGAGGAAGAAGAACUCAUAGCCGAUCAGCUCAAGGAGUGGCUGUUCGGUGCGUCGGCGUUGCAGGCUGUAGUUAGACGCAGGGAAGCCCUACAAUUGGCCAAGGAUGAGGCUCACGACGCUCUGACUGCGGCGUUCGAACAAAAAGACAAAGUUAUGCAAGGUAAAGCAGGUCUGAUGUCACGUUUGUUCGGUUCCGUGGAUACCGAAGAGGUUCGCGAACUAAAGAUUAUUCAACUAGAACAGCGAAUCGCGCAACACGACGAAGUUGUGAAACAAGUGGACGAAGAUUUAAAAUCUUUCUCCAUUAAAGCCGUGAUGGACAUCGAGAGAUUUCAACAUCAAAAGGUCGUCGAUCUGAAGGACACUUUGGUGGCUUAUUGUAUCUUGCAAUUUAAACUGGCUAAGAAGGGUCUCCAAGCUUGGCAGCACAUCAAAGGUUGUCUCGAGAGUAUACCGUGAAGAAGCUUAAUCGACGCUUCGAGAAGCAGACUGUCACAGAACAAUAACUGUUUUUUUCCGCAUUUUUUUCCUCGUGCGAUAAUAACAUUCCUGCAUUUGUAAGUUCACUCACUCACGCCGUACGCUUACUACUAUAUCAUAUCGGUGUAUAUGAUUGUUACAUUAUUUAAAUGUCGAACUUUACAUGUUAAAAGAAGUAAUAUACGCAAAUAAAUGUAAUUUCUUUUUGUGUUAGAUAUACUAUACCGUAUAGGUAUACGUCGAAAGAUUAUUUAAAUAUUUACAUAUGUGUAUUUAAAGAAUUAUAUAUACCGCUCUCUUAUCACACGCGGGCAUGCAUAAUUACAAUCAACACAAGCAAGAGAUCGUACUUAUUUAAUCGUCUAUUCAAACCGAAAAUGUGCGAUACGCAAGUCGUCUCUUGUUACAACUUGUACAUUUAGCUAUAAAUGUGCAAUAUAAUACUUUUUUAUACAUCGUCUUUCUCUCUGUCAUAUUGAGAAUAAGCACAUUAAUUUCUAUCUCCAUUUUCACGAUUAAAAAUAAGAUUUGUUUAUUUUUUGUGCAAAACUACUUUUUUCAAAAUCUAUUUCUUCAUGUUUUUGUUUUGUUUUGAAUAUAUUUUGACAUAUAUUACUAUAUUUCUCUCUUAUUGUUAAAACUACUGUGCAUAAUGAGAUUGAUUGUUAUUAUUAUUGCUACUAAGUAUUUAUUACAAGUAUUUUAAUAUUUAGUAGCUUUUUCCAGUAUUAUUGUUAUCACAUCACAGAAGCCUACUGGUGUGUAGUAUACGAGAACCUCUUAAUGUCAUUUGUAACAUUUUGUAGUAGUUUAUAUGUAUUUGUGUAUAUAUAUGUAUGUAAGAUUCAGAGUUACCAGUUUAAGUUCCAUUAAGUCUCUUUAAAACUUGCGGAUCUCAAAUAAAGUGUUCCGUAGAAUGUUUUUAUAGGAUAAUUAUUGCGCAAAGCUGUAACUGUAUACGUUUUGCAUUAUGUUUAUUUUGCAUUUAAAUACGCCAGAAAAUGUACAAUUUCAUGAUUUUCCAGUUUUUACUUUAUGUUUUAGGCACAAAAUAAAAAUAUAAUGUUACAACAUAUAUUUUUACAAUAUCUACAAUUUUGUGUUAUA